CUGUGGAGCAAUCUGCCAGCCGAGCCCCUUCCGGAGCUGUGGGUUCCUCUGGGUGUGGGGAAGCUGCCCUCCACAACCUCCUCGGCCUAUCUUGGUGCCUCCUGGAGUGCAGGACACACCUCCCAGCUCUGCAGCCUCACCCACAGGAAGCUCGGGUUGGGGGCAGGCGAAGAGGGAGGUGCCACGCUGGGCUCCCCGCCCUGCGCCGGCACUGACCCCGCUGUACCACGGCCCUCUUGCGGACAGCCCUGGGGACAUCGCUGGGACAUUGUUGGGAACCCGGGGUCUGCAGCCACAGCCAUGUUUGGCCGGAAGCGCAGUGUCUCCUUUGGGGGCUUCGGAUGGAUCGACAAGACCAUGCUGGCAAGUCUGAAGGUCAAGAAGCAGGAGCUGGCCAACAGCUCGGAUGUGACCCUUCCAGACCGGCCGCUCUCCCCUCCUCUCACGGCUCCUCCCACCAUGAAGUCGUCGGAGUUCUUUGAGAUGCUGGAGAAAAUGCAGGGGAUCAAGCUUGAAGAACAGAAGCCAGGACCCCAGAAGAACAAGGAUGACUAUAUCCCGUACCCCAGCAUCGACGAGGUUGUGGAGAAGGGAGGCCCAUACCCUCAGGUCAUCCUGCCGCAGUUUGGGGGCUACUGGAUCGAGGACCCGGAGAAUGUGGGCACCCCAACAUCGCUGGGGAGCAGCAUCUGUGAGGAGGAGGAAGAGGACAACCUCAGCCCCAACACGACAACCUCAGCCCCAACACAUUUGGCUACAAGCUCGGAGUGCAAGGGUGAAGCCAGGGCUCAUCGGAGGCACUUCCUAGGGAAGGAUCAUCUCAACUUCUACUGUACUGGCAGCAGCCUGGGGAACUUGAUCCUGUCCGUCAAGUGCGAGGAAGCAGAGGGGAUCGAGUACCUGCGGAUCAUCCUCAGGUCCAAACUGAAGACGGUGCAUGAGCGGAUCCCCUUGGCUGGACUGAGCAAGCUUCCCAGUGUCCCUCAGAUUGCAAAGGCUUUCUGUGAUGAUGCAGUGGGACUGAGAUUCAACCCUGUCCUGUACCCCAAGGCCUCCCAGAUGAUCGUGUCCUAUGAUGAGCAUGAAGUCAACAACACAUUCAAAUUCGGAGUCAUUUAUCAAAAAGCCAGGCAGACCCUGGAGGAGGAGCUAUUUGGGAACAAUGAGGAGAGCCCAGCUUUUAAGGAGUUCUUGGACCUGCUGGGGGACACGAUCACACUGCAGGAUUUCAAAGGUUUCCGAGGAGGCCUGGAUGUGACCCACGGACAGACGGGGGUGGAAUCAGUGUACACGACAUUCCGGGACAGGGAGAUCAUGUUUCAUGUUUCCACAAAGCUGCCAUUUACCGAGGGAGACGCCCAGCAGCUCCAGAGAAAGAGACACAUUGGAAAUGACAUUGUGGCCAUCAUCUUCCAAGAGGAAAACACGCCGUUUGUCCCAGACAUGAUAGCCUCCAAUUUCUUACAUGCCUACAUCGUUGUACAGGUCGAGACCCCAGGCACAGAGACCCCAUCCUACAAGGUCUCUGUCACUGCGCGGGAAGAUGUGCCCACCUUUGGUCCACCUCUGCCCAGCCCCCCCGUUUUCCAGAAGGGCCCGGAGUUCAGGGAGUUUCUGCUCACCAAGCUCACCAAUGCCGAGAACGCCUGCUGCAAGUCGGACAAGUUUGCAAAGCUGGAGGACCGGACCAGGGCUGCCCUCCUGGACAACCUUCAUGAUGAGCUCCACGCCCACACACAGGCCAUGCUGGGACUGGGCCCAGAGGAGGACAAGUUUGAGAAUGGAGGCCACGGGGGGUUCCUGGAGUCUUUUAAGAGGGCCAUCCGCGUACGCAGCCACUCCAUGGAGACCAUGGUGGGCGGCCAGAAGAAGUCGCAUAGCGGGGGCAUCCCCGGCAGCCUCAGCGGGGGCAUCUCCCACAACAGCAUGGAGGUCACCAAGACCACCUUCUCGCCUCCAGUGGUGGCGGCAACGGCGAAGAACCAGUCACGGAGUCCCAUCAAGCGACGGUCGGGACUCUUCCCCCGCCUGCACACGGGCUCAGAAGGCCAGGGAGACAGCCGGGCACGAUGUGACAGCACAUCCAGCACACCCAAGACCCCGGAUGGUGGACACUCCUCUCAGGAGAUAAAGUCUGAGACCUCAUCCAAUCCCAGCUCUCCGGAAAUCUGCCCCAACAAGGAGAAGCCCUUCAUGAAGUUGAAGGAGAACGGCCGUGCCAUCUCCCGCUCCUCCUCCAGCACCAGCAGCGUCAGCAGCACCGCAGGGGAGGGCGAGGCCAUGGAGGAGGGCGACAGUGGGAGCAGCCAGCCGUCCACAACGUCACCCUUCAAGCAGGAGGUGUUUGUCUACAGCCCGUCCCCGAGCAGCGAGAGCCCCAGCCUGGGGGCAGCGGCCACCCCGAUCAUCAUGGGCAGGAGUCCCACAGAUGCCAAAAGCAGAAACUCCCCAAGAUCGAACCUGAAAUUCCGCUUUGACAAGCUCAGCCACGCCAGCUCUGGUGCGGGUCACUAGUCUGAAAGCGGAGUCCUUCGCCUGUCCCAGGGAAGCCCCUCUUCUGUCCUGGAAAAGGCUCCUGUUCCAGCAGUUUGGGAGUGCCGCCGAUGACCCUGACGGUCCCAGCCCCGCCACACCCCGGCCACCUGCCCACAGACGUGCUGUCGGUCCGGGUGUCCCAGUCUGGCCACAGCCCUGCCUCCACCCUCAUCUACAUCCCCUCCCAGCACCUCCCAUCUCUGGGCGAGGCCUUCUUCCUCAGGUUCCUCCCGCUCCUGACCUCCCAGUGUGAUGUCUUGGUCCUUUAUCAUCCUGUUCAGCCUGGAGAAGAAAAGAGAGUUGGGCAAAGGGGGAUCUCGGGGGAGCUCAGCAGUGACUGGGGAGCUGGUCUGCCUCAGAGACGGAGUUGGGGGCGGGAGCAGAGCCUCGGUGAGGGUCUUGGCCAUGGGGCAGUGCCUUCCUGGAUGUGGUAGGCUUUACUACCGGGAAUGCACUUGGUGGUGGAGGCGUCAUGUUCCCAGGAGCCAAGAUUCGUAGCAUCCUUGAGGCCAUCCUGAUAAAAUUAGGCGCUGUUGCCCCCGUAUCUCUGGAGUUCUAAACAGCGUAUCUGCUUCCGUGCUGAGCAUCUUUCCCAUCGGCUGACGUAGACCCAGGGCUGCCCCGCCCCUGCUGCCAGUGUACUGUGAGCGGGGCUCCAGCCAGUUCAAGCUCAGAGACAGAGCUGGAUGGGCCGGGACACUUCCUGGACUGUGGCAGGAACUCUGGGUUCCACCCAGUUUCUCCUGAUUAUGGCUGCUGUGUGGGGGAGCCAGUCCUGAGGCAAUCUCUUCCCUUUGCGGAGGUAUUUUUCCCACAAAGGGGUGGGAAGCCAGUAGUGAGAAAGAAUUCAGGGAGAGCGAAGGAGCCAGUGCUGGGAUGCUGCUGUUCUGGUUGAGGAAAACCUCAGGGCCUGAGGGCCAGGCCGGAGCCCAGGUCUCUGCUGACAGUGGAGGUUCAAGGAAGACACAGUUACCUCCCCUCCCCACAUACGCGAGGGGAGAGGUGAGGUGGGGGAUGACUUUCGGGUUCUGAUCAGGCCCCUGGGUGGGGAAGGGGCACAGCUGCCCUCAGCAGCUUAUGCCCCUGGAGUCUUGGGGGGCCCAGCCUUGCCCUGGGGCCUCGUCCAGCUACUGUGCCCUUUGGCAGCUGCGUCUGGGACUCAACCCCCCCAAUCCUGUUCCCCUCUCCAGCUGCAGGUCUGUAGGCAGCUGUCACAUCUGAAGGGUUCCUGCAACCCAGGCCCCAUCUGGGUGUGGUUCAGACCCUGUGGCCCACCUGCCACUCCCACCCUCAGCAGAGCCCCCUUGCUGGGACAGCCAGCUCACCUCCAAGGACAGCCCCUCCUGGCUUCUCCCCCUUCCGAGUCUGCAGCACCGUGGGCUUCUGCUGAUGGGCCUGGGCUGGGGUUAAGGUGGGCAUCCUCCAGGUAAAAUGAGCCUGAAGAGCAGCUUUCAGUGCAGACAGGGCUGCGCAGUGACACUGGCUGGGCACCUGCCCCAUGACCGACGACAAGGAUUUCCAGCCGAAUGCUUUAUUCUUAUAGGGAUCUGGACCUAUGCCCAAGAUAUAAAUACUACAUUUUUUUUUUUUUUUUAACUGACAUUGUGAAAUUUUCCCCAUAGCUUCUGCCAUUCGAGCAACCUUAUGAUCCUUCCUCCCCGCCACGUGUGUGGGAAUGAUUGAAUCCUGUUUGCAGGCUGGAGAGGAGCUCUCCCUUCACUAGCACUUUCCCCAAAGUACUAGUCUAGUAAAAUUUAUUCUUGUUAGAAGGUCAAUAAAAUAUCUAUCUGUUUAGCUUUUAUGAAAAGUCACCAUAGCAGCCCUUACUGCUGGAACGAGGCCCGUACAUUCUGGCCGUGUUUUGUUGGCUGGGCUUCUAGAGGCACUGGAAAGGUCAAACUGCAUUUCUUUAAGAACAGAGGCAGGGCUCUGGCUUGCCUCUCUGGGAAGCCAGCAUUACAGUUGCUUGGUGGAUGGGCCAUGUCACAUUGCCAUCUGGGGUCCUCUGGGGUUUCCUCGUUGUCACCACACUGUCUCAUUUGGGAAUCCCAUACCUGCCUGUCCCCACUGUGCUGGCUGACCCUUGCUGCCUGCUGCCUCCUCGGAGGGCUUUGUCCCUGUCUCUGAGCUGGUAGGCAGGAUGGCUGGGUGGCCCUCAGAGAAGCACAGACCUGAGAUGGGGUCUCCACCCCUGGUUUGCUAUUGGACUGCUCUGAACGGGAUCCCAAAUGCCUCUUCCCUCCGGCCACGCCCCACUGUCUCUAGAAGCUCCAUCCUGUGGCUUCCAGAGUGUGCACUUCCAGCCCACCCAGGGUGCCAGUGCCGAGAGGGAGGAGGAGAACAGCGAUGGCCCAGCCUGCCCUCACUCCUCUAGACCAUGCGGCAGGCAGCUCGCGUUCCUGGAGGGCUGUUCCCCACCCCCCACGCUGUCCCUACAUCUGCUCUGAUCUAAAACGUCUCCUUUUAUGCUGCGCCCAGUCUUGGGGCUCAAAGAUUUGCUCAAGCCUCACUGGCCCUUGUGACUAGGCUCAUCUAGAUGGUGCUCCUGCUGGUGUUUGAGGCGUUUCCACUGUGAUCUCCACGAGGGGGUGUUUUCCGGGACACAUCUCUGGCUCUGGGAACUGCCUGACUCACUGAAGAAACUACUUUUCAGGCACCGUGGGGCCACCCAUAUACCUCCAGCUCAGUUGAUGCUUAAAAACAGGUGCAGAAAAGCUCGCGAUAGGUCUUAACGAGAGUGUCUGUCUAUGCCAAUUAAUGUCAAAAUGCCGUUUCUUGAAAAAGAUUCAGUGGUUCAGCUUUGUCAGCAUCAUCUCAACACCCAAGCCUGCUGGUUCCUUUUAGCAUCUCAUCCAACCACGUCAUCGUCCAGAUGAGAAAUCUUAGACUUGCUUGAGGUCACACAGCUGGCUGGUGGCAAAGCUGGGAUUAGAACCCUCAACCUAGAGUCCCUUCCUCUGCACCACCUACAUGGUUGGUUGAAAAGUGGCUGCAUUCCCUGGGGCCCUGGGUUUUGGGGAAACCAGUUAGCUGCUGCCUUGGCACUGGCUUGGAGGUGAGCAGUCAAGGAUGCUGGUGAGGCCUCAGUUUCUGCUCUUUUUCAUCAGAAGGGAGAGUCUCUUGGAUUUUUCAGUGAAGACCCUUGGGCUUUGGAUGCAGCUUGAAUCAAGAAAACGAGGAGGGAAAGGGAUUCGGUGAACUGUUCCUCAGUGGGAUCGGUUCUUCAGCUCCAGCGUGUAAUGGGGGUGGAAGCCGGGGAAAAAGAUGCUGUUCACCAACCCUUAUGCUGUUUCCUUAAUUUAGGAAGAAAAGCUUCCUUUUUCCUAAAUUAAGAGGAAAAGUGGUCAAAGAAAAACUCUUCAUUUCUCCCUGAUUCUUAAACGAAGGUGGUUAAUAGAAACCCAGGCUCCCGUGACAAGGCAGGACAAGAACCUCUUUUACUUUCCUCCCCUGACCCUUUAAGGUGCCAACUCAAACACUACCUUUCUUAUUGCUUUCGAAGUCAGUAGAGACAGAUCUGUUUUGAGCAGUCGGGGUUUCGAGUCGAUCUCAUGGCUACAGGCGGCCAGCAGGGACCAGGCCAGUCAGCCAUGCUCAGGACCCCUCGGCUCCUCCCCCAGCCUCUAGCUACCCCUUAUCGAGGCAAGGGGAGGCCAGUAAAGUUUGCCAAGGCUGAUCCUGCAGCCUGAUGGGGCUGGCUGGGGUGUUCUUUUACCAAGCUCUGUUUUACCGCCAGCCCCUUGUCCACCCCGAUCCCACGUCUCCCUCCCUUCAGCUGGACUGUGUGCCCCUUUGGGACGGGGAAGACAAGCCCCACUAGGGCCAAGGGCAGCAGGGCCCUGCCGAGUGAGAGGCUGUGUGGCAGCGGCUCUGUCCUGUGCCUUACCAGCCCUGGGGAGGGGGGCAUUUGGCCGGAAGACUGGAAUUUAAUUGCCAUCGUCUUUGAUUUUGUGACAUUUCUGCUUGGCAGCGUGAACCCCCUUCCUGCCCCUUAGCAUGCGUGCAGCUCUCUCUUGUCUUGGGUGUUACCCUUGGGCACUCCAGCUCGGGGACUGCUGGCGUGUGAGUGUGCAGAUUCCCCUGUGUGGUCGAACCUAAGAACUGUGGCUUGGAAGUGAUGCUCCACGUGACGAUUUUCCUUUCUUUCCUCUUAGUGAGGAGGUGAUUCGUAGACCCCAACUGCCUAUGUAAUGUAAAUAAUGUACAUUUAAUUUAUUGCUAUGGUAGCACAUUGUAUUUGUUAAUGUACAAAACAAAUUCUAAAAGGUUGACAAAUGUAUAUUUUGUUGCUUAAAUGUGUCUUUGCAGAAAUUGACAAUAAAUAACAUAUUUUGUGUCCA